GGUUUAGUCCUUCUGCUGAGGGUGAGACUGAACUCCUGUAAGACAGAAAAACAGUCGGUGGAAGACGAUCUGAUCGCCACCAAAAAGCAGGUGAACCUAAAGACUCACAAGCUUCGGGACCAGCUGACUCAGGCUCAAACGGUGGCAAGGAAACAACUCACCGAUCUCACGGUCCAGAGCGACAACGCCGUCAAGAAACUGCAGGCGGUCAUCGCCAAGGGCGAGAGGGUUUUACGAGCCGCUGAAAUGUGUCGUAAGCUGGAGAGCGAGCAGAUGAACGUGUUGUCAGGAUUCAUCCCUACAGAGGACUGCAGACAGGACGCAGCUGAGACAGAGGAGGCGUUGGCGUUCUCGGAGCUGCGGCGGGUGACGCUGAACAUGAACCGCGCGCUGCUGCAGCGAGAAGCUCUGCGGAGACAAAGGGACGAUCUGAGCCGUGAGAACCGGCAGCUGAAGCUCCUGCUGCGUCAGCACCUGGACGCCAUGACGGUCAGCGAGCACGCCUUCGACGGACACCACGCUCUGCUCGCUGUGCACCAGGCCCCGACCACCGCGGUCCUGCCGGGCGCCGACAGACGACACACCGUCAUCGAGGCCGUACACGUCCUCAAACACUCCCUGUAGGACCGUUUGACCAAAUAAAAUGUUUUCUUAUAUAUAAAAUAAAAUAUUAUCAAUUCAAGGUUGACUUUAUUCUCCCAGCAGCAGCACAGACGUCACAUCUUCAACAUGAUGAGUGGUCUCCACAGUCCUGGUCCUUAAAGACCAACCAUCAUGGUCUUUAAACGACUGAAACAAUUGUUUCCAUCCGACUUGUUUCCCUGCAAAACAAAACGUGACUUUUAAUAACUCACUUUGAAUUCGGGCAGUUUUUAUUGGCGUUUCAGGCGUUGCUGGUCAUCGUCUCUCAGACACUCUGUGUUCGCUCGCUUUCUUGCCACGCUUUCCAAAUAGACCUUUUUCACAGCAGCCAUUUUGACAUGAAAUCGUAGGUGUUAGUAAUUAGGCUCUGUUCCAUUCCAGGAUAUUUGGUCAUUUAAAUACAUUUCCAGGUGUUUCCAGGACGUGUGUGAACUGUUAUAGGUUGUUUGCAUUGUUAAAACUAAAAUACUAUUAUUUCCACUGUGUAACAACAGUUUGAUGCAUUUUCUUUAAUAAAUACUGAUUAAAAUCAAUAAA